AUGAACAUCCAACCUCACCGUUCAGCACCCAUGCCUCCAACUACUCCUCGAAGACAACGUAGUUUACCUCCAAGUCUUCCUUCUUUCGCCAGUUCGUCAUUGCUUUUCCACCGUACACUUCGUCCACGCAUAUCAAAACAUCAUGAUUUAACUCGAACAAAAAUUAAAACUGCCCUAGAAUUAGAAUUGAAAGAAGAGAGACUAAGGGAAGCAGCUGGUCUUAUUAAUUUCCUUUCUACUAGUCCACAACCUGAUAUUAAUAACUCGGAUGAAAAGGGGAGAACACCUUUACAUUUUGCAUGUGCUGGUGGGCAUUAUAAAUGCGUUCAAAUUUUGAUUGAACGUAAAGCAAAUGUUAAUGCUAUAGCAGAUGUUGCAGGAAAUAGACCUUUACAUUUGGCUGUUAUUUCCAAUAAAAUGGAAUGCGUUAUAGCACUGUUAGAAGCAGGAGCCAAGAUAUAUAUGAAUGAUGCAUUUCAUCGUACGCCGUUGUCCGUUGCACGAUCAAGACUUCGUAUUCUAAUGAAUAAUAUUUUUAAAAAUUCAUCAAUUAAUUCGGAAAAUAUCGAUGUCGAAGAAAUUGCAAAAGACAAUAAAUAUAUCUUUGAAAAUCGUGAAAUAUUUGAUCAAGUUUUACAGAUAAUUAAAAUUUUGCGUCAUUAUCUUAUUCUUGAAAAUCGAGAAGGUAAUAAUAUUCAAGGUUCAGAAAAUAUUGAAGAUAUUGAUCUUAUUAAAAAGAAUUUUGAAAUAUCACCAUCCAAUACUGAAUCUUCAACAAUCAGUGCUAUGGAAGCUUUAGAUGAUUUAACUUCCCAAUUAUCACAAUUAGCCAUUACAAAAUCUGAUAUGAUGAAAGAUGUAACUUCACCAUGUCCAGUGAUGUUAAGCAAAGUCCAAAACGUUUUGGAUAAUAUAAUAAAAUAUCAAAUCUAA